GAUUCCUUCCACCUGAGAGCAGCAGCAGCAGCAAAAGACCCACUCAGCGCUUCAGCCACAGACCGAGCGCAGAGCACAGCGUAGCGUACCCGGAUGCGCGCCUUCUCCUCCUUGCCGUCCGCCAGCAGCCGCGCCACCUCCCGCCGCUGCGCCAGCGCCGCGUUCGCCUUCUUGUUCUUGACGAUGCCGAUGCGGUGCACCGCCAUCUUGAGGUUGGGCUUGAGCUUGUUCACGUUGAACCCGAACAUGCCUGCCUGCCUGCACCGACCUGGUAGUGACGCUCCCGAUUAGCCCGGACUUGAUUCUGUGCACCUACUUGCACCUGAUUGGACAAAGCAUCGGGCACUCUGGACAAGCUCGAGUUUGACUUCGCUCAGCUCACUGACGCAUGACCAUCGAUUAGCCCUGGCCUCAAGACCAGGCAAUGAACAAGAGCACCAAGCAAUUUUCAUUUCCUGUUUACAUACACGCGGGGCGUCGAACUUCCUCUAGAGCGCCUCGCUCCUCGCCACAUCCUGCCGCCGGGUUGUCGCGCACACUCUCUCUCUCUCCUAUCUCUCGCUCACCACUCUCUUUGUGUCGCCUGCUAAUUAGGAGUAAUUACUCCGCCCAGGACACGGGUUUCUUCCGACCCGUGUACGUCCGUCUAGUGGCGCUGUUGCGGCCAGGCGUCCCGGGCCCGUUCGCCUCGGACACGCCCGAGCUCGAGAGCAGGUCCGCGGAGCUCGCGUCGCUCACGCGCCGCACGGCCUCCUCGGCCGCGGCCUUGCGGCGGCUGUGGAAGAAGCUGUGCUUGCGCUUGCUCGGGGUCGACGCGCCGUCCGAGCCGCCGCUGGAGCCCGAGUCGCUCACGUGGCUCGAGCGCUCGGACGCGCCGCUGCGCUCCAGCCGCUCGAGCUGUUCCUGCAGCUGACGCCGCUCGAUCACCUCGCGGGGCUCGAAGUAGACGAGGUCGGGGUCGCGCGGAGACGACGCGGGAGGCGCUCGGGUCUUGCCGCUGGAGCUGGAGCUCGAGGGCGGCGACGCCGCGCGCGGGCUGCCGGGCCCGUCCUUGUUGCCGGCGUACUUCUUGUGCAGCACGCGGAAGUAGUACCAGCCCGUGAUGGUCGCGUACGAGAACCAGAUGAAGGCGUUCUUGCGCAGCCUGGCGCUGCUGGCCAGCGCCGCCACGAAGGCCGCGAACAGCAGCAGCAGCCACAGCAGCACGGCCAUGCUCGAGCGGUUCCGAUUGUCGUCUACGUUUGAUAAUGCGAGUUUUUCCUAAGAACCGAGGCUUUUUACUCGUCAAUAUUGAGGCCCUCCAUUUUAAUUGGCAGAGGGGUAGGGCAACAGAAGCGUAAUCGAGGCCGGAACAAGCACACGAGCACGCCGACGACGCCGCGAUAUGGCAGCCGACGACGCGGGUGCUGGCGCUGGAGCGCUAGUGUCGAAGAUAGCUGCGAGUGCCCCAUUUAGACUCUGGGCUCGCUGAUGUCGCUGGGGAUUGACGACUGGAUGACGAGCUCCGCUGGAGCCGAAUCGUCGGAAGGGAUUAACUAUUAUCAUCCGCGCGGGGUACUUGCUCUUCUGGAACGUUUGGAUGGAGCAAACACUGGAGGAGGCGGGCAGUCUGCCAUUUGAGGGCGCCGCUGUUUGAAGGACAACGGCGGGAGUGGGGGGCGAAGAUGUCUUCAUUGUGGUCGCGGGUUACAGUAUUAUUCGGAGUGCGUGGAGCACUCGCAGCGCCCCGAUUCCCGUCGAUGGUUGAACGCCAGCUCGAUGGAGUCUGGGACGCUAGGUGCGAGCGUGGUGACGAACGUAGCGCCGAGUUCGUCAGUUCUGAAGCUUUGAGCCCAAUCGAGUCAGUCGGUGGCGCCGAACCAACACGGUCGAUUGAUCGACGACACUAUGGCGGCUUUCCUGCGUUUGGAAGCCGGCUCCCCCGAAUUCUUUUGCUGCAGCCAGGGGCGCGGGGCAGUAGAGCUGCUGCACCACGCAGCCUCGGGCUGAGUUGAGUUCCUGCUGAUAGGCGAAAUGAGCACCAAUAGCUGCUUUGUCGUCUUCAGAAGCCUAGGCGUCAAGGGAUGAUGGCCAGCGGCUAGGACCGACAUCGACCGAGCAAGUCCUUGUGCAAGUUCAUUACAGCUGGAGCCGCGUCUGUGGGCCUCCCGGGUCCGAGCGCCCCUUCAUGACCCCAGCGUCGCUUCGAGAUCGAUCCAUUGCUCUAUUUGCCGCCGUCGCCGCGCCGCCAUGGGGGACUCGCUCGAGACGCUCAUCGCGCGCACGCAGGAGCAGCUGCAGCCGCUGAUCGCCAAGCCCAAGCUGGCUGACAAGCUGCUGGCCAAGCCGCCCUUCCGCUUCCUGCACGACGUGUUCACGGCCGUAACGCAGAGCACGGGCUUCGCCAAGGGGCUCUACAAUGAUUUCGAGCUGGGCUCCGCCAACCUCAAGGACAAGCCGCAGAAGACCGCCUUCCUCGACAAGAUGAUCGUGUGCGUGGGCCAGUGCCUCGGCAAGGACGCGGACGUGCGCUCCUCCAAGAUCGUGGCUGGCCUGGAGCCGGAGAACACCAACUUGUUGCUGCAGGGGCUCGCGCAGGCCGCCAAGGACAAGUCGCUCGACUGGGGCAAGGCCGUGCAGGCCGCUCUAGCCAAGGUGCCGUCGUUCACGGCGGAAGGGGAGGUGGCUCCAGGGGCGGCACCCGCAGCUGCAGCACCGGCCGCAGAGGCCCCACCAGCGGUGGCAGCGCGUCCGUCCUCCAAGGACCGCAGCAGCUCGGCCGAAGCCAAGGAAAAGGUGAACUCACAUGAACUCUGCUGUUAAUCCUAGUCCGCUCGCUGUGAAGUUGCUAAUAAUUUCUGAUAAUCUAGGCACGGCGAGAGAGCGCUGCUGAGCGAAAAGCGGGGCCUGCCCCAACAGCAGCAGCUGCGGCCCCUCCACGCAGUGCAGAGAGCAAAGCCGAAGCUCAAGCGCCGCCUCCGUCAUCCAAGCAGGCUGCCCCUGAGACCAGUCGCGCUCCUAGCGGCAAGAUCAGCCGUGCCGGUAGCAGCAAGGACAACAAUCUGGACGACGCGCUGCUACAAAGCAUCGCUGAAUGCAAUGGCGACGUGGAGCGCACGAAGACGCUCGUGGAGCAGGUGAUCUCGAAGCCAAAGAUGUCCCCAAAGCUCCUGGGAAAACCGCCAUUCCGUUUCCUGCACGACGUCAUUUCCGAGUUCACGCGCGUCACUGGCUUUGCCGAAGGACUCUUUUCAGGGGAAGAGCUCGACUCUGGUGCUAUCAAGGAGAAGGGCCCCAAGAUGGACUACCUCACCAAGAUAAUCCAGUGUGUGAGCUGCCAAUUGAACGUGGAAGUGGAAGCCAAGCCGGCCAAGAUUGUGGCAGGGCUGGAGCCUGAGGCCACGUGCAAGUUUCUGCAGCUGCUGACAGUGGCCUGUAAAGCAGGAAACUCCAGCGAGGCCGUGAAGCGCGUGCUGGCAGGCGACACUGCUCUUCGUGGCUCCAGCGCAAAUGCCAAGAAACCUGGCAGCCGAGAGCGAACCCCCGAGACCAAGCAGUCUUCGCGGUCUAGUACACCGCCAGAGAACAAGCCGCGAGUGGAGCCUCAGCCUGCUGCGGAGGCCAAAGAGAAACCGAAGGAGGCGGAGCCAGGCAGCUUCUCCGGCCCUGUGAAGCCUCUCGCGGUGAAGAGCAGCGCUGUAGAUGCAGACAACGACAACGAUGGCGGCAACUUGCGCUUUGGCGGAGAAUCGAAGACUGACGAUGGAGACGAUGGCGGAACUCGAUUGGGCACGAGCGCCCCGGGCACGAGUGGAACCAGUCGCACCUCUCGACCUACAACUGCUAGACGACGUCCGCCGAAGCUCAAGGAGAAUGUCACCGAGGUGGGGCGGCUGAUGGUGCCGGAUGCUAAGGCUGCUCCGGUUGCGGGUAUCAUGAAGGAUGGAGACAACAACGAUACGGACAGCGAGGACGAAGCUGCUGGAGGAGCCGCAGGAGACGAAACGUCAAACCAGCCUCACUCUGCGCUUCUGCCUGGCGAUGCUGGUGCCCAUGGACGGCUGGUGCGUGACAUUCUGAAAGACCAGAGCGCUGAAGAAGCUGCGCGACGUGCUAACGAGGGCGAGGAUACAGCUGCAGCUACUACCAAUGAGGCCGAGACUGGUAUUCGGCUCGGUCGUCGCAGCAAGUCGUUCAAGCCGGAGCGCAUGAAGAGCUCCAGUGCCGCAGCCGCGUCGUCGCUCGCUGAAAUGAAUGCGCUGCGUGCAGACAUCCAGCGGCUGUGCCAAGCGGCCAAUCCAGUGGGCAAGAGCGUCGAGUUCGUUCACGAAGACUUGGAUGCCAUGUCCAAGGAGCUCGAGUUCUGGCGCAAGGAAUACGCGCGCAAGCGUGAUGCGCUGGCUGACGAGCAGAAGCGUACCGAAGAAGCGCUGCAGCCUCUGCAGGUGCAGCUUCGCGAGGUGGAGGAGCAAGUCAAGGAGCAGCUGCACAAGAUCAACUCGCUCAAAGCUGUCAUCGCCAAGAACGAGGAGAAGACACAGCAGCUGCUGCGCAUGGUGGUCUCUGCUUGAGCCGAGGCCCUCGUUAAGCAGUCAGUAGAUGGAGUAAGUGCGUCCAUGCAUUAUCAGCUCUAUCAUUCAGAUAUCGUUGCCCAAACCAUUUUGUCCCUAUCCUUCCACGUCAGCAGUCUGCGUAUUGUCCGAUGUCGAGUCUCCUU